UACAAUCACAAUUCUGAUACUAAUCAACAACUACCACGAAAGUCUUAGCCCAAUAUUCUCAUCCUUCAAACUCAUACUACGAUCAAGCUGUCUCUUUUCUCUCCUUUCCUUUCUUCCUCCUUUAUCCUUCACCUAAAUGAGAAAUCCCUUUUCUUAGAUAAAUAAUAAUCUCUGCCUUGUUGCCACUGCCAUGAUCAUCAUCAGAAAGCAGACAAUUUUGAUCCUUCUAGUGUUAUGCUUUCUCUUCCGCUCUCUAAGCACGGCACAAGUGAACUACCGAACGUGCAACCAAACAUGCGGUUCAUCCAAACCUUACCCUUACCCUUUCGGAUUCUCCUCCGACUGCGGAAUCCGCCUCAAUUGUACCACCGACGGCGGAAUCUUGAUCGGUAAAUUCCCAGUCCAAGAAGUAACAACGGACAGCAUAAUCGUCGGCAUCAAAGCACAGUGCAAUCGCCCAUUUUAUACAUUCCACGAACUCUUCAGCCACAAGUACGCUCCCACAUCGGGGAACGUGAUCUUCGUGCAGAACUGCUCCAAAACGGCGUCGUCUUGCACCGUUCCGGAGGCUAUGGUGCGGGAAUACUUUGACUACUCUGAGGAUUGCAGAGAGGGAAGUAGCUUGAGCUGCUACUUCGAAAACAACAGCACCAACAAGUUCUUGAAUAAGAGCAUCUUGGAUGGGUACGGCUGUGGCAACUUUAUGUCUUCCAUCUGUUCGGAAAAUUUGAGGAACAAUUCCGGUGCUCCGGUGUCGUUGGAGGUAGCCACAAUUCAGCUUGGUUGGUGGCUUCAGGGAGCUUGCCAGUGUUCUAGUGAUGCUAAUUGUACCGAAAUUGAGUCCCCCGUUGAUCGGAAACCCGGCUUUCGGUGUACCUGCAAGGAAGGCUUUGUCGGCGAUGGCUUUCUUGCCGGAACAGGCUGUACGAGAAUCAGAGCCUCUUCAGCAUGCAACGCAGCCAAGUACAUGUCUGGCAGAUGUGGAGGAACAGUGAGAUUUGUCAUCUUGAUUGCAGGAUUUGCUGUAGGAAUUUCAGUGAUGAUAAGUGCGGUUUCAGUAUUUUGUUGUUUGUUUAAAAAGCGCAGCAAAUUGAGAGUCACAAAGAGCACAAAAAGGCGGUUCACGGAAGCAACCGUCAACUACAGCGUCCCUAUCUAUCCCUACAAAGACAUAGAGAGAGCCACCAACAGUUUCUCUGAGAAACAACGCCUGGGAACCGGUGCAUACGGUACAGUUUACGCGGGAAAACUUCACAACAACGAUGAAUUGGUUGCCAUCAAGAGAAUAAAACAGAGGGACGCCAACGACAGCAUCGAGCAAGUAAUGAACGAGAUCAAGCUCCUCUCUUCAGUCAGUCACACUAACUUAGUGCGAUUGUUGGGUUGCUGCAUAGAACACGGAGAACAGAUCCUGGUCUAUGAGUUCAUGCCGAACGGAACAUUGAGUCAGCAUCUUCAAAAAGAACGAGGAGACGGUCUUUCAUGGCCGAUUCGAUUAAGAAUUGCCACCGAAACAGCACAAGCCAUUGCACAUCUUCACUCUGCCAUGAAUCCCCCAAUCUACCAUAGAGAUAUCAAAUCCAGCAACAUACUCUUGGAUUCCAAUUUCGGUUCAAAGGUAGCUGAUUUCGGUCUCUCUAGACUUGGAAUGACUGAAAUAUCCCACAUUUCAACGGCGCCACAGGGGACCCCUGGCUAUGUUGAUCCGCAGUACCAUCAAGACUUUCAUCUUUCUGACAAGAGUGAUGUUUACAGCUUCGGCGUUGUUCUUGUUGAGAUCAUAACUGGACUCAAGGUGGUUGACUUUACCCGCCCUCAUAAUGAAGUGAACCUGGCCUCCCUUGCAACUGAUAGGAUCGGGAACGGGCUCUUGGACGAGAUCAUAGACCCCUUUCUUGUGCCUCAAGCAAGAAGUGAUCCUUGGACACUUUCCUCAAUACACAAGGUUGCUGAGUUGGCAUUUAGAUGCCUUGCGUUCCAUAGAGAUAUGAGGCCUUCAAUGACAGAAGUGGCAAGCGAGUUAGAACAACUCACUCUUACUACGUGGCCUAGUUUUGGUGACAAUCAUAAUUGUGUAGCUUCUACAGAGUUAUCCUCUUCUUCUUCCUCCUCCUCCUCCUCUAAUGAGAGUGAGAAACCACUUAGCAGUAGAACCAAGGUCGGGCUACUAACUGGGCCCAAGUUAAGGUCGUUGUUGGAUAGGACCAAAAGUAGCUCACCGGUUUCGGUGCAAGAUAGAGAAGUAUGGUUGAGUGAACAAAGCUCUCCCUCGUCAAAUAGUUUCCCUAGCAAGUCAUUUGAUUGAGAUAUAUUAAGGAAAAGUCCAACUUUUGUGUUUUUUGGCCACCACUUAACCAUUAAAACAAAAGUGAGUGAUCUUCCACAAUUAGAUGUAAUCUCACACCAUUAAAAACAUUAUUGAUGGCCAAUUGAUGGUUACAAAACACUAAAAUUGCUGGCCCUCUAGCAUUCCUCAUAUAUUAAAUGAAAACUACUUUGAUAAAGACAUUAAAUAUGUCUUUUUUUAAAGAUAUUUACAUAUGUCAUGAUAUUAUUGGU